AUGGAUCCAGCCACAGUCCUGUCGAUGUUCAAGCAAUUGAUUGAAGAGCAAAGGAACCUCGCGUCGACAAUGAUGAAGGAACAAAGGGACAUCAUCGCGAAAAUUAUGGAUCGUGCCCCAGAGCGGGACGGAGCCGCUAAGCCAGAAGAGCAAGUGACACUCCCGAAUGUGAUGGCAGCCUUGAGCAACCGAAUCGAGAAAUUCAUUUUCGACCCUGAUGCUGACAUGAGCUUCUCAAAAUGUAACUUGGGAGGUCUCUUUGAAGCCACGACCAAGAUGAUACAAUGA